AUGUCAUCCAACAAGGCUCCAGCCACUCCCAAGCGCGUGAAGAUCUUCUUCCAUGGCAGCCCAGUGCUAGAGACUGUGGAUGGCAAGAAGGUUGUUCCAAGCGACCAAACCGAUGGACCAAGCGAUGGCUUGCCAUCGUCGCAAGCAGAGAGAUCGCCUCCUACACAAGCUGGCGCAACCCAUCUUGCCGCAGUUCAGCGUCCUAGAGCAUCGGAAGGGGAACCAUCUUGGCCUGAGUCACAGCAAGUGCGACGGUCAAGUCGAUUAGUGAAUACCACACACCAAGAUCCUGCUCCACCAUCGGCAUCCACUACAUCUCGGCCUCGAACGCACAUUCAGGACCAUCGUCGGACACAAUCAGACAUGGCCUCAUCAUCGCGGAACGAUGGUGGUGAAGCACCACGCAUGCCACACAACGUCCUCAACCGUCAGAACGAACGUCGCUCACAGCCGGCGAUGGGCAGCACCAUCCCAGCGCAGUGGCCCGGUGCCAAUCCACAAGGGCUCAUCCCAGGCAACCCGCUGUUUGCAGCGAACGACCCACGUCGUCAGACCCAGAUGGCGCCAGGCUAUGUCAAUCCGCUCGCCAGCAUGCAACAGUUUCCUCCCCCUCGCCAGCUCCUCCCUUCGGCUGCUGUACCUCUUUCGCAGAUGCCACCUCCUAUGCCUCAGGGCCACCGGCGUCAGACAGUGACUCAGCCGCCGGCACUGCAGCCAGUCAACCGCGGCCCUGCGCAGAGUUCCAGUUACUGGCAAUUACCGGCUUUCGUUCCACCUCCAGAGCAGCCCUCGAGGCCGCAAAGCGUCCGUCGCCAGCCUGUGAUCCAGCGGCCUGUGCAGCAGCCAAGCAACCGUGGUCAUGCGCAGAACAGUCCUUACUGGCAGAUGCCUCCCUUUCCACCACCUUCCCAAGUCGGUAGGAACCCGAGCUCGGCGAGCACAACGACGCAGCCGCCAAAGCAGCAGCAACCGCCACAGUCUAUGCGUAUGCCAGCCACACCUACGCAACCAGAGCAGCGUCGUCCAUCUUCUGCCAACCGUCCUGCCCUACCUCAGCAGCCUGCACAAGCUCCGAUCCCGAGCCAUUGGUACACUGAUGAACUACCACCUGCCUCGCCUCCCAGAGGACGCAGAGCAGCUCCGGCUGGCUUUCGUGCUACGGUGCCGGUCAAUCAGCCACCUACUCAGCAGCAGGAGAAGAAGCAAACGAAACGACUAGUUUCGUAUUCUUCCUCCUCCUCCUCGCUCUCCUCGCUGCCCGACUCUUCGCCGAACCAGCCGGCUUCUUUUGCCACUGCGCCAGCUCCUACUGCUGGACGUGGUGAUCGCUCGGCAAACGCCAGAAAGCGGCCCAGAGCUGCCCUCUUUGACGACAUCUUCGUCAAUCCAGGCGAAGAGGAAACAGCAGCGCCGACCCCUCCUAUUUCCAAGAAACAGAAGAAGGCUGCUGUGCCCCCUACUGCCGGCCCUUCGGUCAGCGUCUUCCCUCCAAUAGCCAGUGGAACUGCUGCAGCUCAAGAAGCAGACGCUCUUCCCUCGUCUUCGAUCCGCCGCAGCACGCGGAUUGCCAGCAGUGGACAGGGCAAGGUAAAGGGCAAGGGAAGUAGCAGCAGUAGCAGCAGUGAUAGCAGCUACAGCGAGGCUUCAAGUACCUCGGAAAGCACAUCGCGAGAAGCUACGAAGAAGAAGGCUGGGAAGACCAGAAGCGGAGCAGAAAGAAGUGCGGCGCCGGAACCGAAGGCGAAGCCGAGGCGCACUCGCGUUGCUGAUCGCUAUGAGAUGGUAGGAGGGCCGGUAGAGCCGGUACUAGCAGCGCCACCGUCGGGAGCGCCGAUGACAGUUCCGAGAGCGGGUGGUGUGUUCGAGCGGCUGCGGCGAAUGAGGGAGGAGCGGGAGAUGGUUGGGCGGAUUGAGCCUGGAGAUCGGGCUGAGGCAGAUGGAAUAGAACGGGCUGAAGAGGGUCUCGGGGACAGGAGAUGA